AGGUAAUUAACAAUGUCUAGUAGUGGGCAGGGGGCAGCAGGCGGGGAGGAAAGCGCAGUGGUUAGACCCGAAGGUCAACCAAUUCAGCGGCACGGUCUCACCACGCGCAGAAUCCGGGAAGAUUUGCAAAAUGUCGUCAGGAGCAGUUUGACCCCUAUAAUGGAAGUUCAAGUUCCGUCCUCGCUAGCCCAGCAUAUCUCUAGUGUUUUACCUGUUCGGGUUCAACCAGGACCAUCCUGGGCACCAGGACGGCCCGAGGCUGCUUCAUGGGUGGGUCAACCCCUCUGGAACCCACAACAAACCAGUAGUCCUAGCUCAGCUAUCAGCUUCUCUCCGUCCACAACUCCAUCAUCUCCUCUUCAAAAUUUACAACCUGGAUACAGUUCCACCCCUGGAUACAAUGUUCAGCAACCUGGCUGGAACACGAACACAGACGAGAACUCUCAUGUAAUGGAUAUGGAUGGGUUUCAGAAUGCUACAGAUCAGGAGGCGGAGGCAGAAACACAUCAUGAACAUCCCCAACCCCCACCACAACAGGAGGAAUCAAGCUGGAGCCAAAUUCUGAAUUCUAAUCCAGAACUGAGGACAGUGGCUAGUGCCUGUGAGAGAUAUAUACCUUUCUGCUUUCUGGUCUUAAUCAAAUCCGUUUUCGAUCAUUGGACAGGUAUUCUCGUCUGCCUGGGUUUAGUUCUAACCUUCCUUCACGCCAACUCUGUAUUAAAACAUCAGAUUGGGCGGCAGGCCCGGCGAACCUUGGGUCCCUUGUUUGCGGUCACCUUAAACCUCUGCUUCUGUACAUUCUUCAUUUACUAUGUUUUCUUCAACGAUAAACUUUCUUUAAGUGCAUUCUUCAUCCAUCCUGGCGAAGUCUGUACAUUCUACGAUCUACUAUGGGUGGUCGGUAUCAACGACUUCUUUCUCAAAUUCCUUGCAGUUCUCACCAAAAUUAUCAUCACAGUUCUUCCUCCUACACUUGUUCCUUAUCAAAAACGGGGAAAAUUUUAUCUGUUUGUCGAAGUGACCUCCCAGCUUCACCGCCAGCUGGCACCCAUUCAGCCGUGGUUGAUGUACCUUCUCCAUGACAAGGCUGAGGGACCCUCAAGUAUACCAAAUAAGGUGCUUGGUGUGUUCCUAACAGCUGGCUAUAUGGUGGUUAAGGGGAAAGCAUUGAUGAAAGCGAUUAAACUGUGUAAAGGAGCUUUUCAUAAAGUUCUGCAAUCCACAAGGUAUGGAAAAACCCCAACCCAAGACCAGAUGAAGGCCAGCGGAGGAUUCUGUCCAAUAUGUCAGGAUAACUAUCAAGUCCCAACUAUGCUACACUGUAAGCAUAUAUUCUGUGAGGAAUGUGUAACUACCUGGUUUGACCGGGAUACUACCUGCCCAAUGUGCAGAGCUAAGGUAUCUGAGGACCCCGCCUGGAGAGAUGGUUCUACAUCCCAGUUUAUUCAACUCUUCUAGCUCAGAGAUCAGAGAUUUUUAGAUUAUCAACGAGAUAUACUAGAUAAACUAGGGUU